GGCAGCAUUUGACAAACAAAUAGAUUGUGUGUGGCGCGACUACGAAAGCGAUUGUGGAUGGUACAGUGUGAGCGACUAUGGAGUGGCACAAAUUGGGCUGUGGACAGUGACGAGAUGGCAAUUGCGUGUGGCACGGGCGCGGCGUUCCAGGGCAUUGCGGCUCUUGCACUCGGCAAAGAUGCGGGUAAAAGAGGGCGAGGGGCGAAUUCCGUGGCUAUUGAUAAGCUGGCGGAUGUGACGGCGGCUUUGAACGGGUCCAAAACCCUUGUUACGGAAAAGACUACUAGUUAA